GCACGUCACCAGCCAGCACAAUGUAAGUGAACUAACGCACAGCAGACUAGCUAUUCAAGCAACUGCUUCAUAAAAAGCACUGUCAACAUGCUCUUUUCAGUUAGAGACCAUCUGUUCCAUCGUGAAAAAUUCAUGUUUUCUAAGCUGAAAUGCUAAGCAUUCGGAUCCUGUAAAAAGUGAUCUCAACUGCUAUGUCAAAAUGGCUUUGCACAAAAUUACUAACCACAAGACUUGCUGUCAUUUCACAAUCCUCCAAAGCAAGGUAAAUGGACAGGAAAGCUAGAAAUUCUAGUGUUGCCUGGUUUGUGACACCGGGCUAAAAUUCUAACAUGACCAAAAUUAAAUGGAACUAUUUUUUUACUACAUUUCUAGUUUUUAUAUUCGUUUCCAUACUUGCGUAUUUUGUCAUAUCUUGCCUUGAACAUCCUUUUCCACAAUAUGAACAGUAUAAUUGCAGCAGAUAUUGUUCUGCAAUUUUAAAUGGCGAAGCAACAGCACUUCAGCUUGGAGAAGAUUGUGAAAAGGAGAAGACAAAAAUAUUCCACAUUCAGAUUCCAAAUCCAAUUGACUGUUCCAGAAUCAAACAAGACCUUCACUUCAUAACAAGUUCGAUGUCACAAGAAGAAGAUAACUAUCCUCUCGCAUACAUUAUUACUAUCCACAAAGAAUUUGAUAUGUUUGUUAAACUAUUGCGAGCAAUUUAUAGACCACAGAAUUUGUACUGCAUCCAUGUUGAUAAAAAGUCACCAGAAGAUUACAAAAGAAAGGUGAAAAGUUUAUCGGAUUGCUUUCAUAACAUCUUUCUGGCUUCAAAAAUGGAACACGUUGUUUACGGUGGAUUCUCACGCCUACAGGCAGAUAUAAACUGCAUGAAAGAUCUUGUAAACUCAACAAUUGCGUGGAAGGAAGUUAUCAAUCUCUGCGGACAAGACUUUCCAAUAAAAACUAAUCGGGAAAUUAUCUGGUACAUAAGGAACAAAUGGGGAGGCAGGAACAUCACACCGGGAAUACAACAGCCAUUGCAUAUGAAAUAUAGGACAGAGUACAGUUACAAGGAAGAGAUUAAAAAUGGUGAAGCCCAAAUUUUUCGACUCAAUCAUAGAAAAGCUGCACCACCAUUGGAGCUCACUAUUUAUUUUGGAACUGCAUACUAUGUACUUACAAGACAAUUUGUGCAAUUUGUUCUGGAGGAUGCACGUGCAAUUGCUCUUCUCGAGUGGUCUCGUGAUACAUACAGCCCUGAUGAACAUUACUGGGUGACACUGAACCGCUUAAAAGAUGCACCCAAUUCAACCCCAAAUGUUUCAUGGGAUGGUGAUGUUCGUGCAGUUGUGUGGGCACCCCAUGCAGGACCAACAUCUGAUGGUUGUAAAGGAUAUUACAGAAAUGAUAUUUGUGUAUAUGGCCUAAGAGAUCUAAAGUGGAUCGUUCGACAACCAGCCAUGUUUGCCAAUAAGUUUGAACAGACGACAAAUCCUCUCACAGUGGCAUGUUUGGAGCAAUGGCACAGGGACCGUGUACUCAAUGAAACUUCAGAAACUAUACCGCUGCACUGGCACCUGGAUGAUUAAGAUAUUAUAAGUAAAAUCCACUAAUUGGGUAUGCAAUUGUUAAAAUAUACCAAUGGUUUGGCAGUUUAUCCGUCUGGAGUCCAAGUGGCAUAUGCAGCCCAAAGCACAGACUGGAGUUGGUCUCGUCGAAACUCACUGUACUCGUUUAUCACUUCCUAAAUCACCGAGCUCACUGGAAAAUUAUACUGCUGUGCAACAUGCAAGAAUAAAUAAAAUAAAAGUCUGCUUGU